AUGGAGGUGAAUUUUGGCAUCCAUCAAGAUGUGUGGCAGGAUGCAUGGAUUGCGGCCACGUCAGCUGUUCGGGCUAGGAAGCGUCAGAUCGACUUAAACGUGCAGGAGCGUGUACGGCGGCUCCUGUCCGAUUUUGGACCUCAGACAGGAAAGGCAUUGAGCUUGCGAGUCUAUGGGACCAUGAUCAAGGGCUUUUGCGUGAUUAACAAUGACCGGGCCAAAGUCUUGCACAGCGACUGUGAGCGAAUGGUCUUGCUCUUUGCCCAACAGCCCUACUUGGAUCAGGCGUUGAAGUUGCCCGCGGGCAAGAGGCAGCGGGUGGAUGCAUUGACCUUGGACCUGACUCGCGUCAAGGAAGCAGAGGCCUUUGAUUGGACUUCAGGCGCUCCCAUGGAGAUGCUGACUUUGGAGGUGCGAGUGUGA